UUUUCAGAGGAGUUGUGAUUACUUUAGUCCAUCAACAUGUCUGAACUCGAAUCAAUGGUACAAGUUGAAAAGGCUUUCCAAAAGCAGAAGUCCUACACCGUGUCUAAGGAGAUGGUGGUCAAGGGAACACACAAGAGGAAGCGCUGGUUCAAGGACAUCGGCCUGGGAUUCAAGACCCCCAAAGAGGCUAUCCGAGGUCAAUAUAUCGACAAGAAGUGUCCAUUCACUGGACAAGUGAGCAUCAGAGGCCGAAUUUUGAAAGGAACUGUGAAGAAGAUGAAGAUGCACCGAACUAUUGUGAUCCGACGUGAUUAUUUGCACUGGGUGAGGAAAUACAACAGGUACGAGCGAAGACACAAGAACAUCUCCGCUCACUGCUCUCCCUGCUUCCGAGAUGUGGAGAUGGGCGACAACGUGACAGUAGGCGAAUGUAGACCCCUCUCCAAAACUGUCCGAUUCAACGUGAUCAAGGUCACCAAGCCAGGAGGCAGUGGCAAGAAAGUGUUCUCCAAGUUCUAAAUUUCGAGUCAGUUUAUGAAUUGAAGUUUUGAGAGCCUCU